UGGACUGCAGAAUCGCUUCAACCCACCAAAACACAUUCCACUUCCUGCUCGCUGACUGGCACUUCCUCGGGAUUCUCGUCUCAGGAACAACGACAUCGACCUGACUUUCUUUUCUUUUAUUCUCUCAUUUCUCAUUGCACUCUACUUUUCACUUCAAUUGACCACUCGCCUCUACCCAGGAGCGCUAACCACACCCCUCCCUCUCCACCUCCCCGCCCAAGUCGCGAACACGUUUCCACCCUCCCUCCUCCCUAACCUGCGACAACCAGACCCAAUGUCGAGACACCGCGUGAAGAAUGUCGGCUACGACGACGAUGAUUUCGAGGACGACGACGGCUAUGACUCACCCGAUCCCGAGGAGCAGGAGUUUUUGAAGCAGUGUACUGCUGCGGUCUUGGGACAGCUUCGCGCGGGGCAACCGUCGGUAACGGCCACAACGGAGGAAGUUCAGGAAGCACUAUGGCAUUAUUAUAAUGAUAUUGACAAGUCGGUGACUUAUUUGAGGGGGAAGAAGGAGAAGGAGCUUAAGAAGCAGCAAGCUUCUGCUGUUAUGAAGCCCAAGGUUCAAGCUGAGCCAGGAUUCCCAGCACCUCUACCUUCUGCUGCGCACUUUUCAGCGGCCGAUUUCUUCCGUGACUGCCCUUGGCUCAACGUUCCUGUCCACCGCAAGGCUGAGAUCCUUGUCGAACCGCUGUACCCGCGGCUUGGACUGCUGGGUGGUGCACCUGAAUCUGGCGGCAAGAUGUCGAAGCUAGCCGCUUUGGCGGCAGCACGAAAGAAGAAGGAAGGCGAAAAGGCUGCUGCUGCUGCCGCACCCGAAGCCCCGUCAAUGCCGCAGCCUGAGCGUUCAGAGGCGCCAUCGCCCAAACCAUCGGGCACAUCGUUGUCCCUGAGUGAGAGGCUUGCUGCCAGCAAAUUGUCGAAAGCCUCUGAAACAAAUGAUGGACUACGCCGCCCGGGCAAACUAGGAGCAUCUGCUUCUUCGCCAGCUCGCCAGCAGCCAAAGCCUGAGGCUAGCAAACCUCCGCCUCCAUCAUCUCUCCCAGGGCAAACGCAGAAAGAAGAACCAGAACCCAGGCCAGAGCCCCAACAGCAAAUGCCCACUAUUCGUGCAUCUCCAUCCACUUUUGCCAGUGUCAUUCUUGGCAACGCAGCAGGACCAACUAUGGCCGAGCCCAGCCACCUCAACACAAACAAUGUGGACCUGCUUCAAAUCUACGGCCAGGACCAUGCUGAACCCUUUGACUUUACAGCUCCGAGUCCCGAUGACGUGGUUUUAAAUGCGCAGAAUACAGCAAAAGGAUUCAAAUCCAAAUCAGCUGCUUCCAAGGCAGCUGGCGGUCAGAAGGGCCAGACCGAUCUGGCUGGGGGCAUGAAGGAUCUUGCCGUGGAGGAAAAGGUUUCUGUGAAGAGCAAAAAUCUAGAUGUCGUGGCGGAAUACAACAAGUCUACACGGAAGAAGUCGGCUAAUUUUGUGGUGAUUGGACAUGUGGACGCCGGAAAGAGUACACUUAUGGGAAGGUUGUUGGCAGAUCAAGGAGCGAUAGACCAACGUACAUUAGAAAAGUAUCGGAAAGAGGCCGAGAAGAUUGGCAAGGGCUCUUUUGCUCUUGCCUGGGUGAUGGAUCAGGGUUCUGAGGAGCGUGCACGAGGUGUCACCAUCGACAUUGCAACCAACAAAUUCGAAACCGAUACCACUGCCUUUACCAUCGUUGAUGCACCGGGUCACCGUGACUUCGUACCGAACAUGAUUGCUGGUGCCAGUCAAGCCGACUUUGCGGUCCUGGUUAUCGAUUCGAGCGUGGGCAAGUUCGAGUCUGGCUUGAAGGGUCAGACCAAGGAACAUGCUCUUCUGGUUCGAAGCAUGGGUGUCCAAAAGAUCAUUGUUGCCGUGAACAAGAUGGACACAGUGCAAUGGGACACUGGGCGAUUCCAAGAGAUCGAGCAACAGAUAUCAGCCUUUUUGACGAACGCAGGUUUCCAAACCAAGAACAUCUCCUUUGUGCCCUGCUCUGGUGUGCUGGGCGAUAAUAUCACUCGGCGCAGCGAGGACCCCAAGGCUUCGUGGUACACGGGAAGAACACUACUUGAGGAACUGGAGACCUCGGAGCCGUACACUCACGCGUUGGAUAGGCCGCUGCGCAUGACUAUUGGCGACGUCUUCCGCGGUGGUGUGCAGAACCCCAUUUCCAUUUCUGGGCGUCUGGAUGCUGGUAGUCUUCAAGUGGGCGAUCAAAUCCUCAUCAUGCCCAGCGGUGAGAGUGCCUUGAUCCGCAGCGUGGAGGUAGACGGCGAGCCCAGCGACUGGGCCGUUGCCGGUCAGAAUGUUGUGCUCAACCUGGCCAACAUUGACCCGAUCCAUCUUCGUUCUGGUGACGUGGUCUGUCGAGCCUCGGCUCCGAUUAAGACCAUCACGAGUUUCACGGCCAAGGUCCUGGCCUUUGAGCACUUGAUGCCCAUGCAGGUGGAUGUGCACCGAGGUCGUCUUCACGUUCCUGGCCGCAUCAGCAAGCUCGUUGCUUCACUUGAUAAAACCUCGGGGAUGGCGCUCAAGAGACGGCCCAAGAUCGUGGCUCCCGGGACUGUGGCGCGAGUGAUGGUCGAAGUCGACCAGCCUGUGCCCUUGGAGGCGCCUACGAGGAUCGUUCUACGUGCUGGAGGCACGACGGUGGCUGCGGGGCUGUUGGAAUAAUCGGCAGUCCUGUAGACGAUGCUAUGUCUUUGACCGUGAUGAUUUGGAAAUGGAUAUAGAUACAUAAAGCAUAGGUAUUCAUGCAUACUACACAUUCUGUAUAGUUUGACUACACUUGUACACAAAAAAUGCAAAACCACUGAGGUUGUAUGGCUAGACUAUCAAAACGAAGCGCUUGACUAUACAAGAACUA